UGUUCCAGCAGUUUGACUAAACGUAAACAUAACCUAUACCUGGUGUGUCACCUUUUCAUCGGAUUUGUGCAUCAAUGUCAACUACUUGAUCAUUUGCAGGCACUUGGGCCUGUCCUAUCACCAAUUCUAGUUUGGUGUUAAAGUUAUCAAAAUGAAUAAGGACUUAACCUCCAGGCGUACUCCCUUGAGAAACAGCAGCCUGGCAAACAGGCCCUUUCGAUCUCCAUUCGCAUCAGUGACGCCUAAAAGUGACGUUAAAACAUCAUCCCCUGUAAUUAAAUCAACUUCGACACCUAUUACAACUGUGCAGAAUUCCACCCCGAAAAGGGCCUCAGUCUUUCCUGACAAGUCCCAAAUAAAGAAACGAAGAAUCGACAUUGAAAUCUGCGAUGAUAAUCGUGAGAACAAGCCAUUGCCAGCCCCCUCAAGGCUCCAGCUGUUGAACCUGAAGAAGAGGAUUCGCGACAAAAGACAGGAGAUCGACAGUCUCAAGGCCCAACUGGCCUGCAGAAAAAAACACAACAGAGAAGAUUUACGUGAAGAAAUCAACAGGUGGAGGAGUGCCUGCCAGAGUGCUCUAGUUCAAUUCCAGAAGGACUGGAACGAGACCAAUGCCGAGGGGGUCUAUUACGACAUGAGAAGGAUCCUAGCAGUGCUGAAUAUUCCCGAGGAAGUCGUAAAGUUCCCAGAUGAGGCUGAUUUAACUUAAAUGAAGUAAUGAGGUCUAUCUUUGCUUUAUUAAUUGUUAGUUAUAUUUUUUUAUUGUCACGAUACACGAUUUUUUGUUUGAAAAUAUAGAAGAGUAUAUAAUAUAUGGGAAAAUAUGAUAUUAGUCCAGGGUAAGACUAAUCAUAGUUCAGAAUAUAAGUAUUAUUUUGUUUUGUAACAUGUUUAAGAUUAAAAACGAAAUUUCAUACUGUAGCAAAUAUAAUUUGUCGGAGAAUGGCACUCUAAUUCGGGUAAUUUCUGUAAAAUCUUCGUUAUUUCCAAGUUAUUAGUUUAUUUGAAGCACAAGUGAGGGAAGUUUUUCAGCAAAAAGCCGGAGUGAACAAAAUUCAAAUAAUACUUUAUUUUCCACUGUAUAAGUUUAUACUUUUUACAGAGCGAAACAUCCGAAAUUAUUUUCAGUAAUGAAGAUAUUCUGCCACGAAUUAAAUAUCGAAAUUUGUUCCAGCCAUCGGCUGUUAAAAAUAUAAGACACAAAUGAGACAAUUUCGUUAAAAAUUAUUUU